GUUUGGAGGUCCUGCUGGCUGCAUGCAGGACUCGCACGCUCUCUCUCUGUCUCUCUCUCUUCUGCAGUGAUGAGGAGACUCCGAGCAUUCACUGGACUGAUCAGCUGCAACAGGUCUGACAGAAUGAAGCACAAAUGAAGGCAUCCGUCUGUCCCUGCUGAUCCCUGACCCGUCAACGCGUCCAGGAUGCGGGGGCUCGUUCGGGAACAUGUGUAGCGUUCACUACAACCACAGCCUGGCGGCCAUGAGUGGCGGUGACAUCAUGGCCUAUUCUCUGAGCCUAGAGCAGAAGACGGCGUUUGCUUUCGUGGGGAUGCUGCUGGUGUUUCUCGGGCUCUUGAUCAUCAGGUGUUUCCGAAUUCUGUUGGACCCCUACAGUAGCAUGCCAUCUUCCAGCUGGGGCGAUGGACUGGAGGGCCUCGAGAAAGGGACUUUUGAAUACGCCCUCACCUGA